AUGAGCAGCACACUUCAGGAGAUCUUGGCCUUCAUGUUAACCACUUCAGGGUGGGUGCUGGUGUCUUCCACCUUGCCGACGGACUACUGGAAGGUGUCUUCACUUGAUGGAACAGUAAUCACCACAGCUACCUACUGGUCCAAUCUGUGGAAGACCUGUGUCACUGAUUCAACAGGAGUCUCCAACUGCAAAGACUUUCCCUCGAUGCUGGCACUGGAUGGUUACAUCCAAGCAUGCAGGGGACUGAUGAUUGCAGCCGUCUGUCUGGGUUUUUUUGGUUCUAUAUUUGCCCUGGUUGGAAUGAAAUGCACCAAAAUUGGAGGAACUGACAAAAACAAAGCCAGGAUUGCCUGUUUUGCUGGAGUCAAUUUCAUUCUUAGCGGCCUCUGCUCGCUGUCAGCAUGUUCCCUUUACGCACAUCGGAUAACAUCAGAGUUUUUUGACCCAAUGUUUGUGGCACAGAAGUAUGAACUGGGAGCUGCUCUCUUCAUUGGCUGGGCAGGUUCUAUCCUCUGUAUCCUUGGAGGCAGCAUGCUCUGUUUCUCUAUUGUAGAUUCUUUUACCAAAAGCCACAGUCAGGCAAAUUAUAUCUACAAAGGUGCUGCCUCACAUUCUCAUAUCUCCUCAUACCCGAGAGGGCAGGCAAAGUCUGUAAACCAGAGGCCGCCUCCAGACUACAGCAGCUCCUCCAGGAUUCAGCACUUUGAUAAGAAUGUAUAUGUUUGA